AUGCCUCCAUCCCUUCCCCGCCGACGCAAGAAACUUGACUUGGAGUGCAAUCUCUGUGGAAAACGGUACACAAAACGGGAACACCUCCAGAGACAUGAACGAAUCCGUACGCUCUACAUUCCAAAGGUGGAGAAGUCUAUAGUAACAGAAGUUCCAGAUAGCGGUGACAAACCCUUCACAUGCCCAGUAUGUGGUCGAUGCUUUGCGCGACAGGAUGUACUGAAUCGACAUUCUCGCGUCCAUCAGGAUGAUUCACAUCCAGAACUCAGAACGGAAGAUAUCAGAGAAGAUACAUCGAUCUCAUCACUUUCUUUACAACAACAACAACCAUGUGACCCUUCAUACAUGAACCAGAGUCACGAGACUCUAUCACUUGAAGAUUGUUCUUCGCUACUCUGGCCCGACUCCGAGGGCCUGUUGCAGAACAUUCUAGCAAUUGACUCUGGUAUUUGGAACCAACCAGCUUCCCUGAUGCCGCAGACGCUUAGCAUUCCUCCAAGUCCUUUCCAGACAACUUCAGCUGGGCAAGGUAUCUCGCCAUCAAGCUGUAGUAGCAUCGCAGAAGAUGGGGAGCGAGCAAUUCAGUCUUUAAGCGGGAUUAUCAAUGAGACGUUCUGCAAUGUGACAGCUCCAUCAGCCUUGGCAGGACUCACUUCCCGGUUCCUGGAUAGUAGUCUGCACAUGUUCUUCAGAUUCAUAGUGCCGAUGUUUCCCGUUAUCCACCAACCAACAUUUAUCUUCCGAGAUUGCCCUCCGCCUCUUUUACUGAAUGCCAUUGCACUAGGUGCUUUGUUUUUAGGGACUAAAGAUGCGAAUUUGAAGGCGGAUGCUCUCUGGCAGCUCGCUCAUACUGCCGUCGCAACUUCAUGGCACACAAUGAUUCAACAAAAAAGACCGUACGAUUCAUGCAAUGGAGUCUGCCUUGUUCAGACAAUGCUACUGAGUCAAAUAUAUGCGGCAUUGUCAAACAAUCGGACCCUGCGAACUACUAGCCAAGUUUUUCAUGGGCUGGCGCUUUUCUGGGCUAGUCACUGUGGCAUGUACGAGGGGCUGGAUCAUCCUUCAUUACCCUCUCCAGACGCAAAUUCCGAAAUAAUGCAGAGUGCUUGGUAUAGUUGGAUUUCUCAGGAGACCAGACUCCGCACUUUGCUAGGGCUUUACAUCGUGGAUGGAGUGGUGUCUCAGUUCAGCGGCAAUCCGACGUUUGCUCGACACAUGGCCAAUCCCCUCACUCUCCCGAGCGACGAUGCGGUUUUCAACGCGUCUACAGCCCAGGAGUGGAUUCAAAGGAGUGUCGAAAGCCGGUUGUUACAGUCGAAUCAUUUUCGAUUUUGCGACGUGUUCCACGCACUUUUUUCAAAAGACGGCAUGAAUAAUACUACGAGCGUGAGGCCGGAGUACGGUAUUUCAUUGUUUCACCACAAGGUUAUCCUUGAAGGUAUCCGGUCUCUUGUUGCAGAUGCAAAUCGAACAAAACCAGUACCAGUAGGAGUGCCAUCGAAGCAAGAAAUUGGCAAUGCCGUCAUAAGGCUGCGGGAACAGAUAAUUCAAAACCAGCGCCUCUCCUCACCAGACGAAGUAGUCGCAAUGCUGCAGUGGCACACAAUAUGUCUCGAUUUGGUUGUGAGCACUGCUCGAGGUACUCGCAGAAUGUGCGCAUUGCAUGGGAUCCCACAGCGAAUAUUUGGAGGUGACAGUCGCAUUGAGCAGGACAUAGAUCCGCGCCGAUGGGCGCAAAGCAAGAACGCGCGUAUUGCCUUAUUGCAUGCCUCUCAAAUUCAAGAACUUGCUACAAGUCUCCCGCUCGGUAUGGCCUAUGAUAUCAAUGUUCCUGGUGCUGUAUUUGCUGCAGCGACUACCUACAGUGCCUUUGCUUUGGCAGGAGCUGGGAAAGUGGUUUUACCUCCUGAGAUCGACUGGGUGACCGCCGUUCAGGCUGCUACCAUUGAUGAGAAAGUGGGAGAUCCAGGGCCGGAUAGGACCUCCAACAAAACUCUAUUGUUCGUGAAUGAUGGAGUUUUUGGUAAAGGUCUGCUUCGGGAUCUUUCCUAUGAGUUAACAUCUAUUCGAAGCUUGUUGCGGUCUCUCUCAUUGCAGUGGAGUGUUGCUCAGGAGAUGGAACAGGUUGUCGGGGCUUGGAUUGAGCGCAUGCAAUAA